UAGAAAUAUAGCCCGCCCCGCUCCUGGUACAGAGAGUUUCGAACAUAGGAGGCGUUUGAUUAGACGGACGGUGAGGCUGCAAGCUGUGAAGGACCGACCAGGUGAAAUGGAGAAGGUGAGCGUAGCAGUCAGAGUUAGACCCGCGAGGGGUGAAGACAGCAAUCAUGGAACCUUCUGGAAGGUAGAAGACAAUAGGAUCUCCCUCCACAAGAUUCAUGGCACCCCCAUUUCCGGCCUCUCCUUCGCUUUUGAUCACGUCUUUGAUCAGGAGUCAUCAAAUUCUAGGAUUUAUGAGUUGGUCACGAAGGAUAUUAUUCAUGCUGCUCUUGAAGGCUUCAAUGGAACUGCAUUUGCGUACGGGCAGACAAGUAGCGGCAAGACCUUUACCAUGAAUGGUUCCGAGAAUGAUGCUGGAAUCAUUCAACGUGCAGUGAAUGAUAUAUUUACCAAAAUUCACAUGACCACUGAUAGGGAAUUCCUGAUUCGAGUCUCAUACAUGGAAAUUUACAAUGAAGAAAUAAACGAUCUUUUUGCUGGUGGAAACCAGAAGCUCCCCAUCCAUGAAAGUUUGGAGCGUGGAGUAUUUGUAGCAGGUCUGAGGGAGGAAAUUGUGAACUCUGCUGAACAAGUACUUGAACUCAUCGAACGUGGAGAAGACAAGAGGCACUUUGGGGAAACUAACAUGAAUGUACGAAGUAGCAGGUCACACACCAUCUUUCGGAUGGUUAUUGAAAGCAAGGGGACAAAUAAUUCAGAAGAUGCAGUUCGUGUGUCCAUUUUGAACUUAGUAGACUUGGCAGGCUCUGAAAGGAUUGCCAAAACUGGAGCCGGGGGAGUUCGCCUCAAAGAAGGAAAACACAUUAAUAAAAGCUUAAUGGUUCUUGGCAAUGUCAUCAACAAAUUAAGCGAAGGUUCUAGGCAAAGGGGGCAUAUUCCUUACCGUGAUAGCAAACUCACACGUAUACUUCAGCCUGCACUUGGUGGUAAUGCCAAAACUUCCAUAAUAUGCACUGUAGCACCAGAAGAGGUUCACAUUGAAGAAACGAAGGGCACCCUACAAUUUGCUAGUAGAGCUAAACGUAUCACCAAUUGCGUUCAAGUGAAUGAGAUAUUGACAGAUGCUGCAUUAUUGAAGAGACAAAAGCUUGAAAUAGAGGAAUUACGCCAGAAACUUGAGGGAUCCCACUCUGAAGUGCUUGAACAACAGAUUUUAAAAUUGAGAAAUGAUUUGCUGAAGUCUGAACAGGAGCAUGAGAGGCUUGCUAUGGAGUUGGAGGAGGAAAGGAGAUUGAAGAAGGAGCGUAUUAUGGAUGAACAGAGGAAACUGGAUGAGCCUUGCAACCAUCCAACUCUUUCAGAUAUUAAUGGUUUUGCCGCCACUCAGAAUAUUUCCAGACAAAGCGUUAAGGAGGAUAACAGAGGCACAAGCCAGGAUGAUGCUUUUAGUACGCCGUGUUUUAAAAAAGUUCCCGAUGCUUUUGUUGCUCGGCGAUCAAACUACUCUCGGCAGCCCGAAUGCAGUCCUCUUCCGGAUGCACUUGAUGCCUUUGCCAAUGAAGAUACAUGGGCAAAAAUGAACAAGGGCUAUGUGGCUGAUCUUGAUGCCACCCCUCUAAGGACCCCCGCUCUAAAGAGUCUGUCUUUGGCUAAGGGUGCUGAGAAUGGUUCACCCAUCCAGGAUUACAAACAAGAGGUGGAGAAUCUUCAGAGAGAGCUGAAGCAAGUGUUAAAAGAAAGAGAUGAAUUCAAGAUGAAUCAUAUCAAACAAGAAUCAGUUAAUGAGGAUUUAAUGAGAGAGAUUUCUCUACUUCGGCAAGAGGCAUCCCUUGUUCAGGAAAUCCCCAAAAGACACUCUGAAGCUGUCAGAAUAUGCAAAGAUAUUUACAAGGAUGUCAUAUCAAUAAUACAGAACUGUGUAACCAAUCAGAAGUCACCAACCGCCGAGUUACUUUCUACCACAAGUGAUAUUGGAAUCUCCCUUUUUUCAACUCUUGAAUCUAGCUUCAAGAUGAGUAGUGGUGGAGAUAUAUCCUCCUUAGAUGGGAAUGGUUUUUCAUUUGAAGAGCAGCGGAAUAUGCUUUAUAUGAGAGCGAAUAGUACAUUAUCUUCAAUCAGAAGCCAACUUCCAGAGAAUGAAUCAAACAGCAGCAAACAUAAGGGGUCUACUCUGGAGCAAGAUAUUGAUAGUUGGAAGAAGAAGCUUGAGGAAGAAGUUCUAACAAUGAACGAAAGAUGCUGCAGCUUGGAGAGAGAAUUGGAGGCUAGUAACCAACUUGUUAUGGAUUCCAGGGAAGGAUAUAACAGUUUAGACAAACAGUUUUCUGUUUUGAAAGAAGAGAGAGAUACUUUGAUUGAAAGAGUUACAGACUCUACUCAAAAGGUUGCUCACCUUAUGGAACAAAAAGAAAAGGUUCUGAAGAAUUUGAGUGUCGAAGAGCGGAGGAGGAGAGAACUUGAAGAAGACAUUACAGACUUCAGCCAUGCUUUUACGCGCAGACAGAAAACGCUUAUGACCCUUCAGAGUGACUUCAGAUCUAUAAUUGAUAACUUUAAGGCUCAGAAUCCAGUUCCUGGAUCAGUAUCUCUUCUUGGAUUAUAAAAAUGGCUAAUUUUGGUUGUUUAUCUCGUAUAGCCAUUGUCAUUGAGCUCUCUUGGCAAAAUGUGAGAAUCCUCAAUAGAACCCCAGAAACUUCUCAUCGAGGGCGGUUCAUAUACUACGAACUGCCAUUGCAACUUCAUGUAAAAUAUUAUUCAAGAUUUUUUGUACUAUCUUGUUAUUUAAGUGGUGUUUGUUUCACCUAUAUACCCCUCAACCCCUUUUGUUGUUUUGAGCACCAGAAAUUAGAAGAGUUAG